UUAAUUUUCUUCAGGAUAGAAUGAAGCCUCUGAGUGGCCUAUUUAAUUGCGUGGAAGACCUGACGACCGGGUUUAUAUCCCUCACCGGCCGAUACGUAGCCACACCGCUGGCAAACAGAAUAGGAGGCUGGCAGAACAUAGAUUCUUGGGCCUGUCAGAUACUUGACAAAUUGGAGUCUGCUGUACCUCAGCUCAAGGAACCAACUCUGAAGAUAGAAGAAAGCGUCUUUUCCAAGAUCAAGGGCCUCCUAGACGAUGUCUACGAUUCCGACGACGACAGCGGGUACAUAUUCCUGGACUCUGACGAGAGCGAACCGGAGGUCGUCGAAUCCUACGACACUGUAUGUCACGGAAAGGACGACCAACCCUGCCACGGGACGGACUACGAAACCGGUGAGGAGGACGAGGCCCUCUUCGUAAGAGGAGGAGGAGGAUCCCUAGAGGCACCCAAGACUCAACAGAGGAGGAGUUCCAGCCUGCCCACCCCAGAUCACUUGAGGAGCCCUGGAUUGAGCCCAGGGCAGCAGCAACCUAGUAGUAGAUUCUCCCUGAGCCACGGGUCCAGCAGCGAGAACUCUGACAGCAACGAGGGGCAGAUCAUGAGCCCCUGGUGGAGGAGGGUGUUCAGGAAGGCGAGGAGGAGCACCCAUACCAGGGAGAGUCCCGAUGGGAAACAGAAGAAGGUCGACGAUGCGAAUGGAUCUCAUCAGGUCAGAGAAGAAGAGGAGGAGGAGGAGGAAGAAGAAAUGAAAGAAAGGGAAAAAUCGGUGAAUGAAUGCGAAUUAAAUUCCACUGAAUCAGAAACCGAAUCGAAAUCGAAGAUUAUGUUGGAAAUGAAUGGAGAAAUAGAUGGAUAUGAGACUGAUGAUGUAGAAGGAAAAUUUCUGUCAGAUGGGGAGGAAACUCACACACCAUUCAAGACACCACGAACACGAGGAAAAAGUCUUUUAAACUCGAGUGAUGGAAAGAUGAGCAAUUCGCCAUCGCAACAGGAGUUGAGUUAACUAAAUAAUUCACAAAAGGCGCUAUAUCAUAAAUGGCUAGAUCUUACAAAUGGCGAGGUUUAGCAAAUAAUGUAAAGUAAUAUAAAUAAUACUUUUUAAUUUCAAGUUUGUAAGUAAUUGAGCAUUCAUAAACACAAUCUGAUAUAAAUUAUUUAAUCACUUAA